UGGUUUGCCAAAUAUGACUCAGAAAAAUAGGAAAAUGAACAACUGGGAUUCUGGUUCUUGUAUCUUAAAGGCUCAAAAUAGUAGAAAUUCUCAGUCUUUUUAUCUGUAUCUUGUUGUAGCUUAAUUCCUUGUUUUAGUUGCUUUUGAGGGUUGGACUGAUUUUAAGUCGUGUAGAUUUUUAUUGUCCUCUCUGCAGGUUUGCAAUGGUUCCAGCAGGAGAACUUCAAUUUGGCAAUUUUCAUCAAGUUUUAAUGAACCUACGUAGCCGGGUAGAGAAGAUAGUCAAUGAGGGGCAGAAAGCUCUGUUAGAAUCUCCAGAGCAAAAGGAAGACCUAAGAAAACAGCUUGAGAAAAGUGAAGCUCAAAACAAAGAUCUUGAGAAAGAACUUGAGAAGAGUGAGGCUCAAAAUAAAGAGCUUCACAAUAUAGUCUUAGACCAGCAUACAGCCUUGUCAAGCUAUGAAGAUCAAAUCAAGAAUCUAAAGAAAGAACUUGAUCAGGUUGGCUCUCAUGAGUCAAGGAGUGAAAUUAUGACCAAAGAGCACGAUGGCUUGAUUAGCAAGUACAACCAAGCAUUGAAGCAGCGAGACUCAGCCUUAGAGAAGUUGAAUACCAUUGGAGCAGAGCUAAAGGAGGCGCAAAAAGACUUGGAAUUGAGCAAGAAUGUCUGGGAUGCUGAGAGGAUAGCUUUGGCUGAGAGGCUUACUAAGGCGAAAAAGACGUGGGAGGCUGAGAGGAUGGCACUGACAAGUACAAUUUUGACGCACCAGGACUCCACUUGGAAAUACAACCAAGCUUUAAAGGAGCGAGACUCAGCCUUAAAGGAGGUCCAAAAAGAUCUGUCCAAGUCCCGGGUUGAGUUGGAAUCAGGAAAGAAGGACCUCAACACAGCCAUGAACGAGCUGAACAUUUUGGGAGCAGAGCUAAAUGAGGUUCGAAAGGACUUGUCCAAGUCCCGGGCUAAGUUGGAAUUAGGCAAGAAGGUGUGGGAGGCUGAGAAGAUGGAACUGACUAAGAAGCUUAACAAGUUUGGAACAGGAAACUCUGAUCUCAGAGAGGAGUUGUAUGACUUGGCCAAGAUCCACGAGAAGCACAUUAAAGAAAAUGAGAAUGCAUAUUGUACAGGGUACCUGACUGGGUGGUUCAGGGAGCCUCAUGAAUAUAUUUCCCUGCGAGGCUAUGAGGCCAAGGAAGUUACUCUUCCGGUUCACAAUCCUCUGGAGGCCACAUCUUCACAUUCUCAUUCUCGUGCCACAAUUAGACGUUUCGGAAGUGCUGGUCCAUAGAUCCUGUUAUAAUGUUUUUGGGACGUGUCAUCUGUCAUCUGUCAUCUGUCAUCUGUAUAUGAUUACGCUUGAGUGUUCGGGAUUAGAGCUUAACCUAAUUAGGUACUGCAAUUCUGUUAGUUCAAUAGACUGAAUAGAGCGGUUAAGGUUUAUCGAGUUGGGACUUAGUAAUGAAGCUUUUCACGAAGAGAAAGUUGGGUCUGCAGGCUUUC